CAACGAUUUUUUUUCGAACAAAAGAUUUUUUUCAAAUUCAUUUGUCCCUAAUUAUUGCAUAAUUUAUCAUUAUAAAUUAAUCAUGAGUGGUGGUAUAUACGGUGGUGAUGAAAUGGGCGCUUUAGUAUUCGAUGCUGGCCAUCAUUCAUUUCGUGCCGGUUUCGCUGGUGAAGAUUGUCCAAAAACUGAUGUUCCAUCAUUAAUUGGCUACAUUGAUGAUCCAUCCGAAUCGAAUAUUAAAAUGGACAUUGAUUCUCAAUAUGAUACCAAUGCAAAUAACAUCACUUCAACACAACGUCGAUACAUUUUCGAUACACCGGGUAUAAAAAGUCCUCGAUCUCAUAUGGAAUUGACAACAUUUCUAAAGGAUGGAAUGAUCGAAAAUUGGGAUCUUUUCGAAAAAAUGCUUGAUCAUAUCUAUAAAAAACAUCUAAAUCUAGAUGCAUCUUUACAUCCCGUAUUAUUUUCAGAAGCACCAUGGAAUGCUCGUAGUAAACGUGAAAAAUUAUGUGAAUUAAUGUUUGAAAAAUACAAUAUACCGGCAUUUUUCUUGGUCAAAAAUGCUGUAUUAGCAGCAUUUGCUAAUGGACGUGCUACCGGUGUUGUUCUUGAUUCUGGACAGAAUCAAACAUCAGCUGUUCCUGUACAUGAUGGUUAUGUAAUACAACAGGCUAUCAUACAAUCACCAUUGGCUGGAAAUUUUGUCACCAAUCAAUGUCAACAAUAUUUCAAUGAAAAGAAUAUUGAUAUCGUUCCCUAUUAUAUGAUUGCAUCGAAAGAAACUGUUAAAGAAAGUGAACCAGCACGUUGGACAAAACGGUCAAACAUUCCGGAUAAUUUGACAAAAUCCUGGCGAAACUAUAUGAUCAACGAAACGAUUCAUGACUUUAAAGCAUCAGCAUUACAAGUCGGUGAUACUGCUUAUAAUAAAGAUGUUGCCGAAACGAUGCCAGCCAUACAUUAUGAAUUUCCAAAUGGCUACAAUAUGGAUCUAACAUCGGAUCGUUUUCUAAUUCCCGAAGCAUUAUUCGAUACAUCACAGAUCAAAGGCUUUACAUCUACUGUAAUGGGAAUGUCACAGAUUGUCACACAAAGUAUUGGAUUAUGUGAUCUAGAAGUACGUUCAUCAUUACAUGGUUCAGUUAUUGUUACUGGUGGUAAUACAUUGAUCAGUGGUUUUACUGAUCGAUUAAAUCGAGAUUUGACAACAAAAACUCCAGCUAGUAUGCGAUAUAAAUUAAUCAUACCAAGUUCAACAUCUGAACGUCGUUAUGCAUCCUGGAUUGGUGGAUCAAUAUUGGCUUCUUUGAAUUCAUUUCAACAAAUGUGGGUUUCCAAACAAGAAUAUGAAGAAGAAGGAAAAGGACAAGUGGAACGUAAAUGUCCGUGAGAAUGUGUGGAACUGCUGGAACCAAAACAAUAAAAUUGCUUCGAUAACCCC